UUUUAAUAAUCUUUACAGUUUCACUAGAAAUUACAUAAAAUCAAUUUAUCAACAAUUAAAUCAUGCCUUUUUAGGUUUUAUUCUUACUUUAUUAUAUGUAUAUAUGUAGUAAAAGAUGUGGCAAUUAUUACAGAAUCAAUCAUGCCAUGCCGCAAGACAGAGGUUAUUAUUAACAAAGGGCAAUGGUCCUUUCAUGAAUAUUGUAAAAAAUAAGCCGACAAAUGUAUUUCAACGCCACAUUUCCGACGUGAAGAAAAGUGCAGAAAACAGUGCAAAGUCUGGUGUUUUAUUAGUUUGUAGCCCUUGGAAGUUAUGUACUGGAGUUAGUAUAGGUUUAGCAGCUCGUUUAUUACUAAAUAAUGGUUCGGUGUUCUGCAAAGCGCAGCAUUCCAGAGUGAUUCAGAGGAGAACGAAUAUUCAGGAUGAUCGUGCUAAGUUUGACUGGAGGAGGUUUUUUGAGUAUUUAAAACCUCAUAAAUGGUUGCUGGCUGCCGCUGUGGCGUCAGCAUUGGCGGUUGCAUUUCUAAAUGUCUACAUUCCGGCAAUGCUUGGUGUGAUUGUUAACAUUUUGGCUAGUAUGAAGAGCAAUCCUAGUGCAGACUUCAUUGAAGAGAUAAAGUUCCCAGCUUUAAAAUUAGUAUCUUUAUAUAUAGGACAGGCUGCCUUCACAUUCCUGUACAUUCACUUACUGGCACAAGUGGGUGAGUUAGUAGCGUCCCAAAUGAAGCAAGACCUGUUUGUUUCAAUAUUGCAGCAGGAUAUGGCAUUCUUUGACCGUGAGAGGACAGGUGAACUAGUCAAUAGGUUAACAGUAGAUGUUCAAGACUUCAAAAGUUCAUUUAAACAAACAAUAUCUGGUGGACUAAGAGCUAUAACGCAGGUGAUAGGUUCAGCUGUGAGUCUCCUAAUAAUUUCUCCACAAUUGACUGGCUUGACGUUGAUAUGCGUGCCUACGGUCGUUAUCGGCGGAACGUUCAUAGGCUCUUUAUUGAGGAAGCUGUCCAGAGAAGCGCAAGCACAGAUAGAAAAAGCAACAUUAGUUGCUGAGGAGGCAAUAUCAAAUAUACGUACAGUGAGGGCGUUCGCGGGCGAGGAUAAUGAAGCGGACAUGUUUGCGCGGGAAAGUCAAGCAGCCGCCGAUCUUAAUAUGGAGUUAGGGCUUGGAGUUGGUUUGUUCCAGGCCGGAACCAAUCUGUUUCUCAAUGGUAUGGUGUUGGGUACGAUGUUCCUCGGUGGCCACCUGAUGUCUUCCGGCAGUAUGUCGGCUGGUGACGUCAUGGCAUUCUUGGUCAAUGCGCAGACUGUGCAGAGGUCUGUUGCGCAACUUUCAUUGCUCUUUGGAUCGGUCGUGAAGGGACUCAGCGCUGGUGGACGGGUCUUUGAGUAUAUAAACAAGGAACCACACAUGGACACGUCUGGCACUAAGGUCAUCAAGUACCAUGAGCUUCAUGGAGAUAUAGAGUUCAAGAAUGUCACAUUCGCUUACCCGACUAGAUCUGAAGUUGCAGUAUUGAAAAACUUUAACCUAAAAAUACCUGCAGGAAAGACUGUGGCCAUAGUAGGUACAUCGGGUAACGGCAAGUCUACCAUUAUAGCUUUAUUAGAAAGGUUUUACGACGUAAAUGAUGGUGAAGUGACCAUAGAUGGUGUCAAUAUUCAAGAUUUGGAUGUUAAAUGGCUGCGGGGACGAGCUCUUGGUCUGAUCAGUCAGGAGCCAGUGUUGUUUGCGACAUCGAUAAAAGAAAAUAUAAGAUACGGCAAGCCGGAAGCAAGCGAUGCUGAGGUAUACAAUGCAGCGAAGACAGCAUACGCCCACGACUUCAUCCUGAAUUUCCCUGAAGGAUACGACACGUUGGUUGGCGAGCGCGGUGUCGCGCUCAGUGGUGGACAGAAGCAACGAAUAGCAAUUGCAAGGGCAGUGUUGAAGAAUCCACCUAUAUUAAUACUAGAUGAGGCUACGAGUGCGCUGGAUUCAGCGAGCGAGCAAGUAGUGCAGGCGGCGCUGGAUACAGCGUCUCGCGGACGUAGCGUGUUGCUGGUCGCGCAUCGUCUCUCCACCGUGCGUGCUGCAGACCUCAUCCUGGUACUACACGGGGGUGUCAUCGUAGAGAUGGGCACACAUGAUCAGUUGAAGAAGCAGAAAGGUUUCUAUUGGAAUCUAAUCAGACAACAAGAUCAGGACUCGGAGACAUCCAGAAACUUAUGAAACUAAUUCAUAAUUAGGUGAUAGCAAAAAUUUAUAGCAAAAUUUUCUUUAGAUAUAUGGAUGUGGUCUAUGCUUGGUUAUAAUAUAAUUAAUUACAGGGUGCAAAGGGAAAGUUUUCGUAAAGUAAAGAUGUGAUUGUACAAGUAGAUAGUGUCGGUGGAUCGGCGACGGCACAUCGCUUUACAUUCGAUUAUUGCGAGUUCUAAUCCUCACACGAUGAAACAAUCGUAUUUAUGAGUACGAUUGUUUGGUCAUUAGUUAUGCCCAUACCAUUCUAAUGCUCUUAUUAGGACCAGAUAUGUCACUUGAAUAGGACACCUCUGACUGAUGAGUCAAUUUUCUAUUGAUGUCAGAUAGAAACCCUGCAUUCUUGAUAAUUUCAACGGAUAAAUAUAAAUGAUAUUAUUAGCUCUAAUCCCUGUUUUUUAUACAUAGUCAAUUGUUUCCUAAACACCUCAAUUUCUGCGAAUUUUAAACGAAACUCAGCUUUUUUUAAAAAUGCAUUUGUGGAAUUGUUAAACUUGCAUUCCAUUUUAAAAUAUCGCUGCAUUUUUCAUUAGGCUCAAGUUAGUUAACUGGGCCCAUAACCUGAUAUUUGUUGACACUUAAUAUAAGUCAAUUGAUAUAAUAAGUAAAUUUAAUUCACUUGAAAUUUGCAUUAGUAAAAUGUUAUAAUAGAGCCACAUAUCAUGACGAGUAUGGAACAGAGAGCGGAAUCUGGGCAAAGUAAAUAUUGCAAGUCUAAAUGGAGAUAAUGACAUUUAAAAAAAAAUUUUUUUUUUGACAAAAUACAGAUUUAAUUAGUAUUAAAUACUGUAAGUUUUUGAUUGCUUAUUUAUUUAUUUAAUAAUGGUAGUAUAAAUGGGUCAAUAGAGUUAUGAUAUAGUUACAAUUGUAACAAAACAGAAAUAAUACAUUUGUAUGCAAUUGUAACAUGUUUGGUUAUUUAUUUUAU